AUCACUGCGCAUGUGCGGCGCCUGGCCCGUGUAGAGCCUCCCUGCCCGGGCCCGCUAGCCAUGGCGGGGACGGAAGCGAGCCUGUUGCGCCAGUUCCCGCUACUUCUGCCUCAGAACCGGGCGAAAACUGUGUAUGAGGGAUUCAUUUCGGCUCAGGGAAGAGACUUCCACCUUAGAAUAUUGUUGCCUGAAGAUUUGCAAAUGAAGAAUGCAAGAUUACUAUGCAGUUGGCAGCUGAAAACUAUACUUAAUGGAUACCAUCAAAUAGUCCAACAGAGAAUGCAGCACUCUCCUGACCUAAUGAGUUUUAUGAUGGAGUUGAAGAUGAUUUUGGCCAUGGUGCAAGAAAUUUUAAAAAAGGGAGUUGCUUUAAAGAAUUCUCAGGAGAUACCUGUGCUAACUUCACCUCCCCAGUUCUAUUCAAGCCUUAUUGAAGAGAUAGGAACUCUUGGUUGGGAUAAACUUGUGUAUGUGGAUUCUUGCUUCAGUACCAUCAAGUUAAAAGCAGAAGAUGCUUCUGGUAGAGAGCAUCUACUCACCCUCAAGUUAAAGGCGAAGUACCCUGCAGAAUCACCAGAUUGUUUUGUGGAUUUUCCUGUUCCAUUUCCUGUUUCUUGGACACCGCAGAGCUCUUUAGUAAGUAUUCAUAGUCAGUUUUUGGCAGCGUUAGAAUCACUGAAGGCAUUCUGGGAUGUUAUGGAUGAAAUUGAUGAGAAGACCUGGGUACUUGAGCCAGAGAAACCUACACGGAGUGCAACAGCACGCAGAAUUGCAAUAGGGAAUAAUGUUUCCAUAAAUAUAGAGGUAGACCCCAAACAUCCUACUAUGCUUCCUGAAUGCUGCUUUCUUGGUGCUGACCAUGUGGUAAAGCCCCUAGGAAUUAAGUUGAGCAGGAACAUACAUUUGUGGGAUCCAGAAAACAGUCUGUUACAAAAUUUGAAAGAUGUUUUAGAAAUUGACUUUCCAGCUCGUGCUACCCUGGAAAAAUCUGAUUUUACUAUGGAUUGUGGGAUUUGUUAUAGCUAUCAACUUGGUGGUGUCAUUCCUGAUCAAGUGUGUGACAAUCCCCAGUGUGGACAACCUUUUCAUCAAAUAUGUUUGUAUGAGUGGUUAAGAGGCCUACUCACCAGUAGACAGAGUUGUAACAUCAUGUUUGGUGAAUGCCCAUAUUGUAGUAAGCCAAUUACCUUGAAAAUGUCUGGGAAGAAACCCUGAAAUAAGAAUGUGACGUUUUGUGAAGAGCCAGACACUAAAAUUACCAAAAAAAUUUUAUUUAACAUCUUCAGAGAAAGUAUAAAGCAAGACAUACUAACACCAAAAGGACAAGUAUUGUGAAGCCAUAAUAAUACACAUCUGCCUUUGCCUCUUCACUAAGAGUCAACUGAAAAAUUGUGGGCCAAAGACCAGUCGAACUUUCUGUAUUUGUGACUUCCAUACCAACUGUCGAAGGGUAUGUAUCCCACGCUGGAGAUCUUGACUUGCUAAAUUUAUCUGGACUGGUAAAAUCUUGAUGGGAUUCAUAGAAUGAAUGUGGGAAUUGUAGGUAGCUAGAUUUUUGUGGGAAACUGUUUAUUUCAUGCAAAAGUUCCUGAGAUUCAUAUUUUUGUCUUCUCCUUAUGCUUUCCUACGGGGAAAAAAUACAUAAUUUGUUAGAUGGCACAAAAUAUUUAAAUAAAUCUAUGAGAAUGCUAAUAACUUAUUGGACAACGCGAUUAAGUUUUAGGGUAUUAUAUUUCCACAGAAGUGAUUUUCAGGUAAUGACUCUGGGUUUUAAGUUUCUAAACGGAAACACAUAAAUUAUGAAAACAAUUAAAAAAAACUGAAGAUGUAACAUGUGAAAACUUCUGAUCAUGAAUGCUUUUGCAUGUCAAGACAAGUUGUUUAGGCUGUACAGUUUCUUGGAAAACUCCAGCAGACAGCAAUAGAGAAUAAGUAAACUAGUCACUUGCAUUCAGGUGUCUGGAGCUGCUUCCAUGUUUUUACAUUGCUGUUGACCUGGGCCCCAGGAAGCAGUUUCCUGCUCACAUUUAACUAGCAGAACUUUGUAUUAGUAUCAGGUAACUUAGAAGAGGAGAAUUUAUAAAACAAAAGAAAAUGUAAGUUACCUUCACCCAGAAACAUCUAAUCCUAUAUACCAUCAUUCUUCAGAAUAGUUAUUGCCUUAACUUCUAAACUGUUAUCCUUCAAACAGCCUUUCUCCCUCUCCUUGCAAAAAAGAUCACUUUCAAAAUGCAGAAUUCUAGAUCAUCCUACAUAGGAUAUAUAAAACACAAGAGAAGUAUUUUGAAAGUGUUUUAGCUUUUCUAUUAAAAAGAAAUUACCUGAGAGAGAGAUAAAUAGUAAAGGAAUCAAGUUGAGAGCUAACAGAAGCAUCCUAAUGCAUGCCAGCUUUAUUAACUAAUGGCACAAUUCCAGGGAGACCCAGAAAGAAUUCUCCCCCAAACGCCAGCAAAUCGUUUUCCUAAAGGCCUAGAGACAGCAGUAAGUAAACUGUAGCAGCACUCACAUAUAACUUACAUUGAGACAUGGGAUAUGCCUCUACUUGGGUAAAAGUAAAGCUCACAGUAUGAAAAUUGCAAGAAUGAGCUACAAUAAUCUAUAUACCGAAUCUUUACAUCAAAUGGAAGAUCUCUUAAAAUAAGUAAAACAAAAACUAUUUCCAUCUGCUGGUUCACUCCCCAGAACAGUCAGCGCUGAGCCAGGAGCUUCAUCCAGGUCUCCCCCCUGGAAGCACUUGGGUUGUCUUCUGCUGCUUUUCCAGGUGAAGGGGAAGUGGAGCAGCUGGGACCUGAAGUGACUCUCAUAGGGGAUUCCAGUAUUGCGGGCAGCAUCUUUACCAUCUUUUUACCACAAAGCUGGCCUCCAGGAAAGACAGUUUAUAACAGAAGUCCACAGAACUCACUGGGCCAUACCCUAUUUUCUGAAUAAGGUUUUAAUGGAGCACAGUCACAUUCAUGUGUUUAUAUAUUGUUUAUGGCUGCUUUUGAAUUCCAGAAGCAGAGUUGAAUAGUUUUGGCAAAAACUAUAUUGACCCUAAGAUUAAAUAAUUUUUAUCUGGACCUUUAUGAUAGCAGAUGAAACAUCAGAAAGCAUAAAUACCAUUUUUAGACCUUGAUAAUCUACAGAUCAUAUCAAGAAGGUCUGCUAUGAGACACAUCUGUUCUGAUCUGAGCAUUUCAGGUGAUGCCAGUACACUUGGCUUGCACACCAUAUACUGAGUAGCAAUGGCUUAAAGCAAAGCAAUCAUCUUUUCUGCUAGCACACUGGUUUUCAACCUGGGGUAAUUUUGUUCUACCUAAGAGGAGGUCCUGUUGCUCAACAUCCUGUAACACAUAACCCAAAAUGCCAGUGGUGCUACUGUCAAGCAACUGCAGCAGAGCUGUUUUUAACUCUGCAUGUACACUGGAAUCAAAUGGGAAGCUAUGAAAAAUAUCAGGGCCACUUCCACUUUGGGCAGUGAGUAAUGGGCAUCAGACUUCACUACCAGGUUACAAAUAAAAUAACACAGCACUUAAAACAAGGCUGUGAUACUUGAGAAAAGGAAAGUAACUAAGAUAUGCCACAAUUUGAGAUUAUAUUUACUAUAGAGAGAAGACUAAAAAAGCUUCACAGAAAUCAUGCCAUCAAUAAACUCUCAGAGCAAAACUCUAAGCUCUUCACAGGGAUACAGUAAAAUCUGUAGCUUAAGGAUCAUAACAGCAUUUCCACUGAGAUCUGGUACCAGACAGGGAUGCCCACUCUGACCACUGCUAUUCAAUAUAGUUCUGGAAGUUCUAGCCAGAGCUAUUAGGCAAGAAAAAGAAAUUAAAGGGAUACAAAUUGGGAAGGAAGAACUCAAACUAUCCCUCUUUGCAGAUGAUAUGAUUCUUUAUUUAGGGGACCCAAAGAACUCUACUGAGACACUAUUGGAACUCAUAGAAGAUUUUGGCAAAGUAGCAGGAUAUAAAAUCAGUGCACAAAAAUCAACAGCCUUUGUAUACACAGACAAUGCCAUGGCUGCGGAAGAACUUCUAAGAUCAAUCCCAUUCACAAUAGCUACAAAAGCAAUCAAAUACCUUGGAAUAAACUUAACCAAGGACGUUAAAGAUCUCUACGAUGAAAAUUACAAAACCUUAAAGAAAUAGAAGAGGAUACCAAGAAAUGGAAAAAUCUUCCAUGCUCAUGGAUUGGAAGAAUCAAUAUCAUCAAAAUGUCCAUUCUCCCAAAAGCAAUUUACAGAUUAAAUGCAAUACCAAUCAAGAUACCAAAGACAUUCUACGCAGAUCUGGAAGAAACGAUACUGAAAUUCAUAUGGAGACACAGGAGACCUCAAAUAGCUAAAGCAAUCUUGUACAACAAAAACAAAACCGGAGGCAUCACAAUACCAGAUUUCAGGACAUACUACAGGGCAGUUGUUAUCAAAACAGCAUGGUACUGGUACAGAAACAGAUGGAUAGACCAAUGGAACAGAAUAGAAACACCAAAAAUGAAUCCAAACAUCUACAGCCAACCUAUAUUUGACCAAGGAUCCAAAACCAAUCCCUGGAGUAAGGAAAGUCUAUUUAAUAAAAGGUGCUGGGAAAAUCGGAUUUCCACAUGCAGAAGCAGGAAGCAAGAUCCUUACUUAUCACCUUACACAAAAAUUCACUCAACAUGGAUUAAAGACUUAAAUCUACGAUACGGCACCAUCAAAUUAUUAGAGAACAUUAGAGAAACCCUGCAAGAUAUAGGUACCAGCAAAGACUUCUUGGAAAAGGCCCCGGAAGCACAGGCAGUCAAAGCCAAAAUUAACAUUUGGGAUUGCAUCAAAUUGAGAAGUUUCUGUACUUCAAAAGAAACAGGAAAGUGAAGAGGCAACUGAUAAAGGGUUAAUAACCAGAAUCUAUGAAGAGAUCAAGAAACUCCACAACAUCAAAACAAACAACCCACUUAAGAGAUGGGCCAAGGACCUCAAUAGACAUGUUUCAAAAGAGGAAAUCCAAAUGGCCAACAGACACAUGAAAAAAUGCUCAGGAUCACUAGCAAACAGGGAAAUGCAAAUCAAAACCACAAAUGAGGUUUCACCUAACCCUGGUUAGAAUGGCUCACAUUCAGAAAUCUACCAACAACAGAUGCUGGAGAGGAUGUGGGGGAAAAGGGACACUAACCCACUGUUGGUGGGAAUGCAAACUGGUAAAGCCACUAUGGAAGUCAGUCCGGAGAUUCCUCAGAAACCUGAAUAUAACCCUACCACAAGACCCAGCCAUCCCACUCCUUGGAACUUACCCAAAGAAAAUUAAACUGGCAAACAAAAAAGCUGUCUGCACAUUAAUGUUUAUUGCAGCUCAAUUCACAAUAGCUAAGACCUGGAAUCAACCUAAAUGCCCAUCAACAGUAGACUGGAUAAAGAAAUUAUGGGACAUGUACUCUAUAGAAUACUAUACAGCAAUCAAAAACAAUGAAAUCCAGUCAUUUACAUCAUGCUGAAUGAAAUAAGCCAGUCCCAAAGGGACAAAUAUCAUGUUCUCCCUGAUCGGUGACAACUAACCAAGCACCAAAAAGGAAACCUGUUGAAGUGAAAUGGACACUAUGAGAAACAGUGACUUGAUCAGCCCUUGUCCAGACUGUUGAUGUACAAUUUAAUACUUUAUUCAUUUUAGUAUUUUUUUUGUUCUAGUUAAUACUAUUGGUUGAAUUCUGUAAUUAACAUACAAUUAUUCUUAGGUGUUGAAACUUAUAUUUAAGAGUGGGAAUAAGAGAGGGAGGAGAUGCACAAUUUGGGACAUGCUCAAUCAGACUUGCCCCAAAUGGUGGAGUUAGAAAUGUGCCAGGAGAUUCCAAUUCAAUCCCAUCAAGGUGGCAUGUACCAAUCCAUCUCACUAGUCCAAGUGAUCAAUUUCUGUUCACAGUUGAUCACACUGAUAGGUCUAAGGGUCAAAGGGAUCACACAAACAAGACUAGUGUCUGCUAAUACUAACUGAUAGAAUCAAAAAGGAAGAGAACGAUCCAACAGGGGAAGCGGGAUACACAGCAGACUCAUAGAAUGGCAGAUGUCCUAAAUAGCACUCUGGCCUCAGAAUCAGCCCUUAAGGCAUUCGGAUCUGGCUGAAGAGCCCAUGGGAGUAUUUUAGGCAUGGAAAGCCAAGACACUGUGGCAAAAAGAAAAAAAAAAGUGACCUAAAUGAAAGAUCUCUGUGAGUGAGAUCCCAGUGGAAAGAACAGGGCCUCAAAGAAGGAGGUACCUUUCUCUGAAGGGAGGAGAGAACUUCCACUUUGACUAUGGCCUUGUCGGAAUAACAUCGAAGUCAGUAAAUUCAAAAGGCCUCCAUAGCCUUGGCAGCUCAUGACAAGAGCCUAGGGUGAUUACUGAGGCCAUAAACAAGAGUGUCAAUUGGUAAAUCAACAACAGGAGUCACUGUGCACUUACUUACUCCUCAUGUGGGAUAUGUCCUUAAUGUGUUGUCCAACGUGAAGUAAUGCUAUAACUAGUACUGAAACAGUAUUUUACACUUUAUGUUCUGUGUGGGUGCAAACUGAUGAAAUCUUAAUAUAUACUAAAUUGAUCUGUAUAUAAAGAUAAUUGAAAAUGAAUUUUGAUGUGAAUGGAAUGGGGGAGGGGUGGGGGUGGAAGCCAUUGUAAUCCAUAAACUGUACUUUGGAAAUUUUUUUAACUUUUAUUUAGUAAAUAUAAAGGUAACAUCCAUACCUUUCACACAGCAGAAUGUUACUAUGCCAGAUGAAAGAAUGUGCCAAGUCACCAGAAGAAAACAAUAGCACUUGGAGAGGUGCCAGAUGGUUGACUUAUAUAUUCAAAUACAUGAAGAAAAAGUUAAGCAUAAUUAAUAAGGAAAUAGAGAAAGGAAAAAUGGAAUGCAUUUAUGGAACUGAAAAAUAAAGUGUGUAAAGUGAAAGAUC